CGACUGAACUAUAGCGACGGAAUUCGUAAAAACUAUCAGCAAGGAAAUCGUCUGGUCUUCUUCACAGACCGCACCACCGCACCCUGUGUCUCUGCACCCACCGGCCACCGCACGACCGCACCGCUCCAGAAGAUUCCGAUUUCAGCCAGAUAUGGAAGGGACGAAUGGGAAUACAGGCUUGCAUGCUCGUAUUCAGCAAUUGGAGCGUGAGCGUGAUGACUUGCAUAAAGACAUUGAACAGCUAUGUAUGCAGCAAGGCGGACCUGGCUAUCUAGGCGUUGCUACUCGUAUGCAUCUUCACAGGACAGCUGCUUUAGAACAGGAGAUUGAAAACUUAAAAAAGAAGUUAGCUGCUUGCACAAGAGAAAAUCAGAAUCUCCAAGAAGAGCUUUCAGAAGCCUAUCACGUCAAGAGUCAACUAGCGGAAUUACAUAGUGCCGAAGUCUCCAAGAACAUUGAAAAAGAAAAGCAGCUUAAGUUCUUUCAAGGCUGUGUUGCUUCUGCAUUUUCUGAGCGGGACAACGCUCUCUUGGAGGCUGAGAAAGCAAAAGAAAAGGAGGAAUUGAAUUCAAGAGACUUCUAUAAACUUCAGGAAAGCAUUGAAAAGCUUAGCUCUGAAUUGUUUGAGGAAAGAGAACUCACUACCACUCUAAAUAGUGACUUUAGAAAACAAUCAAGGCAGCUGGAGGUUUUCAGAGAGGUUGUUAAUAAAUUUUAUAACAUUAGACAAAACAUGUUGGAGGAUAAUGAGGAUGUGUGCUGGGAAGCCAAGUGUGCUUCUCUACUGCAGGACUCACCGGAAAUGUGGAGCUUCAAUGUUGAUGAAGAAACUUCCACCUCUUACACAACAGAGUUCUCUAGAAGAAGAUGUGGAGACCUUACGAAGCUCAUUGGAUAAUCUUCGGAACAAGAUGAAAGUGGGUUUGGAAAUAGAAAGUCAUCUAAAGAAGAAAGUACGUGAUUUGGAAAAGCAGAAAAUUCUUACAGAUGAAAAGAUCAUGGCUGGAUUAUCUAUGUUACGUGAAUUUCUUUCUCAGAAUAGAAUCAACAUAACUAGCAUACUCGAUGAAGGUUAUUCCCAGCUCAAAUAUGAUCUUCAUGCAGUAGAAGAAAGAAUCAGGCAGCUCGAAUUGAACGGAGGGACAGAGCUAGUCUCUCAUCAGGGGCAUAAUCUGAAAGAAAGUGAAUGUAGAGAUGUUCACAUAAAUACAGAGUCUAAUGCAGAACUGAACAAAGAGGAGGCUGGCCCGAACCUCUCAAACACCACCGCUAACAGUGAAACCUCCGAAGCACUUGCUCUGGCAUUACAAGAGAAGGUUGCAGCUUUAUUACUUCUAUCACAAGAAGAAGAACGACAGCUAUUACAGAGGAAUAUGAAUGCAGUACUUCAGAAAAAGAUUGAUGAACUUCAGAGAAACUUGUUGCAGGUUACGAAUGAGAAGGUGAAGGCUCUAAUGGAACUAGCACAACUGAAGCAGGAGUACCAAUUGCUUCUACAGAAAGGCGAUCAUGAUAUUAAACAAUCAAAAUAUCAUUCUGAGAUUGGAGGGGAAAACACUUUUCAAGAUGGAGAAGGAAGGUUGAAAAAUCUGCUAAAGAAAAGUUAUUUUAAACGCUGGGCUGGAACACUUGAUUCAGAAAGAAAUGAUGUUGAAUCUUACAGCUUAGGGUUUGCAAGGAUGAAAGUUGAGAAUGCAACCCUUAGAGAGAGUUUGGAAAGCAUGGAGCAUCUAACAUCUUCAAUUCGAAGGCUACGGCAUUCACUUUUGAAGAUUAAAGAGUGCACUCAUGCAAUGACGAAUAACUCGACUGAAUCUCUGGAGAAUAUUAUCUAUGAGGCGAAACUAUUGAAAAUUGCACUGGGGAGCUCCCUCCCAGUCAGUUGGUCGGCAGUGCCGGAUGCUGAAUAUGGGAUAUGCACUAAUGAGGUGUUAUAUGACGAUUCUACCCUGUCCAGUAAAGAAAAGGUGGACUUUGUUUCUGCAGCUGGGUUUGAAAUGGUGGAGCUCUUAGUGUUUGUUGCUCAGUUAUUGAAAGAAAGUGCCCGGGGAAGCGAAAGCUGAAAUGUAAUCAUCAGGAGAAGCGUAUGGGAUUCUCUCUAUUUCUUUCAAUUACUAUAAUUUUGAUGGAAAUAAAUGAAUAGGCUGGGCCACAUACAGCUAUUUAUUGCAUUUGCCAUUUGUUUCCUUCAAAAUGAUAGUGAUGAUAGGCAAGUGAUUUCACUUGUAUAGUUUGUCAUCGCAUGGAGUGGCACUUCUAAGUUCUACAUGCGGGUAAUACAAAGGCUAAACUUUGCUCAAAACGAGGUUUGCCUAUUGGCUAGUGUACAUUACUACAUUGUGAUGGUUUGAACUUCUCUUCUAUUGUUUCAUUCAUUCUUUUACCAUCCUGUAUUCCUGUGUGUAAUUCUGUAAUUCUGUAAUAGCAACAUACUCCAUAGUACUCUUCCCAGUUUGUUACCAAACAAUAGAACGUUUGAUCAUUAAAUUUUAUGAAUUUACAGGUUUG